CAUUUUUCAAUGGCCAAACACAAGAUAGUGGCCCUACGCCCGAUUUUCAAAAGCCUCUCUUUUCUCCCUCUUUAUUUUGGGGACACCACCAUUAGCCCAGCCCAGCCUCCUUUUAACUCCAUCACUCCAUUCCCUUGCUCCUGUUGUUGUUGUUCUUGCUUUCCCCAUUAGUAGGCCUCUUGCAAUCUUGAGCUUUUUUCUUGUCAGGACAUCUUGGUGGUGGUGGAGCUGCAGAAAUGGGCACUCCUUACCACCUCCAAUCACCAAGAACCAUCCUGUCUAAGCUGGUCAACAUGAGGCAGCUACCACCGGGGCUUCCACCACCACCGCCGCCGGAGCCUCCAUCCAAGACGAUCCGGCAGCCAGAGGUGCUGCCACAGCGGCUACCGGCAGCUCCUUCGAAGAUAAUUCUUCAGCCGCGUGACCGGACCUCGCCGGCGAUGUGGUUUGCGGCCAUCGUCUGCUUCGCCUUCAGCAUCAUCCUGAUCGUGGCUGGCAUGGUCAUCUUGAUCGUCUUCCUGGCGGUCAAGCCGAGGGCGCCCUCCUUCGACACCGCCAACGCCAGCCUCAACAGCGUCUACAUCGACUCGCCAGCCUACUUCAAUGGCGACAUGACGCUCGUGGCCAACUUCUCCAACCCCAACCAGAAGAUCGACGUCAUAUUCCGGUCUGCCACCGUGGAGCUCUUCUUCCGGGACAGGCCCAUGGCCGUGCAGGUGCUGCCGCCGUUCGCACAGCGCCGGGGCCAGUCCCAGGUCCUGAACUUGCACAUGGUGUCCAGCCGUGUGCUGCUGCCGCCGGAGGUGGCCAUGGAGCUUGUGAACCAGGUGAGGAGCAACAGGGUCGUGUACACUAUCAGAGGCGCCUUCAAGGUGGAGGCUAGAGUUUGGUUCAGCCACUACUCAUACUGGAUGAACACAAUCUGUGAGCUGGAGCUCACAGCUCCUCCUACUGGAGUUCUUGUUGCCAGGAGAUGCAGAACAAAGUGACUGGCUUUUGAAAUCCACCCCUCCCGUUCUAUUGCUGUAUCACAUCUUAGAUCUUUUUCUUUUUGUAUACUGAAAUUGGGCAGAGUAAAGUAAAAUAUACUCAUGAUUGAUGCGAAUUUGAUGUUGGUUCUUCA